UCACUAUUACUGCUGCAGUAGAUCACCGGGCGGAACAUAUGGAGACUAUCAACAUAGAAACACUGCAGGCUGACUUUGAUGCAUUCAACAUUUCCGAGGAGUUUGGUUUUGUCCUUGAGGAGCCACUGACUACACUUCCAGACUAUUAUCAGAUAUGGAUGUACCUGGCGAACAACUUAACACAUCUGAUAGAGUCCCGUAAACUGCGGGAGCUUGUUGAUAAGAUGUCCGUAUUGAGUCUCCACCUCUUAUCCACUCAUAAGGAGCUCAGGCUUGCUCACCUCGCACUGGGUUUCAUCAGCUCAGGCUAUGUAUGGCAGGAAGGACAACAAGCACCUGCUCAGACUCUCCCCAAAGCCCUGGCCUUGCCCUUCUGGCUGGUAUCUCGCAGGCUUGGACUUCCAGCCAUCUUAACUUAUGCAGAUGUAAUAUUAGCCAACUGGAAAUUGAAGGAUCCCACGGGGGACAUUGACAUUAGCAAUGUGGAUUUGCUAUUUUCCUUUCCUGGUGGUGAUACAGCCCGGGGAUUUUUUAUUGUGUCACUGUUGGUGGAGAUGGCUGCUAGUUCAGGCCUAAAGGGGGCUCUGAUGGUGAUGCAUGCCUUGAAAACCUCUGACCUCAUUGGCAUACAGAGAGGUCUCAUCACAGCAACUCAGUCUUUGAAGAAGAUGAAGGAAGUUUUCCAGCUCAUGCACAACCACGUGGACGCAAUUGAGUUUUUUGGAACAUUAAGAGUUUUUCUCUUUGGAUGGCGAGACAACCCACUGCUUCCAAAUGGGCUGCUGUAUGAAGGUGUCAGUGAUGAGCCGGUUUCUUUAGCAGGAUCAAGUGCAGGACAGAGUUCGGCUGUUCAAUGCUUUGAUGCUUUGCUGUGCAUCCAGCACGACGAUGAGUCAGGAGCCUUCAUGGCACACAUGAGGGACUACAUGCCGCCUGCCCACUGUCAAUUAAUAGAGAGGCUCUCUGCUCUUCCGUCUCUGCGGGACUUCAUCUUCUGCUGUUCCAGCUCGGAUCUCUGCCAGGCCUACAACGCCUGUGUCUCAGCAUUGGUGGAACUACGGAGCUACCACCUCAAUACUGUGACCAAGUAUGUCAUUGUUCCCAGUAACCGGGCCCACGCGAUGGGCUGCCCACUCAGCGGUGUUGCUACUGUGAAGACUGGGACUUCUGGAACCAGCUUAAUCAGCUUCCUCAAGAGCGUUCGUAACGCUACAAAAAAAGCACUCAUCUUAGAGACACUGUCUGUGUCAAACUAAAUUA